GGAAAGCAUAGUGUCGCAAGAUAUGAGAGAAAGGUCACGAAUUCGGGAACAGAGUACGCGUUCGAAGUGCAUGAAGUGUCAGGGUCUCAAGGUGCGGCCGUGCCAGAAGAUUGAACCUGCGCAGAACUCUGCACGUGACCUGCGCAGCUAUUCUUAGCGGAGGUCCGUUCAACGAAAGGAACUCUGCCUCGCUCACUCGUCGUCCGGCGCGCGUCCGAAACGUAGAAGUUGGUUUCUCCUCUUUAUUUUGUUAACCCGUUUUCACACACUAACUACCUGAAACAAUAUGUCUGGUCUUGCGGAUCCAGUGGCAUUCGCCAAGGAUUUCUUGGCUGGUGGUGUGGCCGCUGCGAUCUCGAAAACGGCGGUCGCCCCUAUUGAACGUGUGAAACUGUUACUGCAGGUACAGCAUAUCUCCAAGCAAAUCUCCGAAGAGCAACGUUACAAGGGUAUGGUCGAUUGCUUUGUGCGCAUUCCAAAAGAACAAGGAUUCCUCAGUUACUGGCGUGGUAACUUGGCCAAUGUCAUCAGAUAUUUUCCCACACAAGCUUUAAACUUUGCCUUCAAAGACAAGUACAAGCAAGUUUUCCUUGGUGGUGUUGAUAAAAACACACAAUUUAUGCGUUAUUUCGUUGGAAACUUGGCCUCUGGUGGUGCUGCUGGUGCCACAUCCCUGUGCUUUGUCUAUCCUCUCGACUUUGCCAGAACUAGGUUGGCAGCUGAUGUAGGCAAAGGCGCAGGAGGACGUGAAUUCACAGGUCUUGGUAACUGUUUAACCAAGAUUUUCAAAGCUGAUGGUAUUUCUGGCCUUUACCGUGGUUUCGGCGUAUCCGUCCAGGGUAUCAUCAUCUACCGUGCUGCUUAUUUCGGUUUCUAUGACACUGCCCGCGGUAUGUUGCCUGAUCCGAAAAAGACACCAUUCCUUGUUUCGUGGGGUAUUGCUCAGGUUGUUACAACUGUCGCUGGUAUUGUUUCUUAUCCGUUUGACACAGUACGUAGGCGUAUGAUGAUGCAGUCUGGUCGCGCUAAAACUGAAAUUUUGUACAAGAGCACUCUUCACUGCUGGGCUACUAUUUACAAAUCAGAAGGUGGAAACGCUUUCUUCAAGGGAGCAUUCUCCAACGUUCUUCGUGGUACAGGUGGUGCGCUUGUAUUGGUACUUUAUGAUGAAAUUAAGAAUCUCCUUUAAGACAUAACGAUCCUCACCUCAUUACCUUCACAACUACAGUUGCAAGUACCAUCUUUAUUACCCUCACCACCCGACGUAACAAUAGAUAAAGUGAUUUCCAGAAUGAAACAAUAUCCGAACUGUCGAGAAAUUUAAGAACAAUUUAGAUUAUAAUCUUUUGGUAGCAUCUUGUGAAAUGCUUCAACUCGACAGUUUAAUUUAUUGCCGGAUUCAGUAUUUUCUUGCAGCGGUGUUCACAUGUGCCAUAUUUCAUAAUUCAUUUUCGUAAGAAAGAACAAAGUGACUUAUCAACGUAAUGGAUAUAUGAAAUGUUUGAUACAUGUGACUAUGUAGGCAAUGGUCGGGAUAUAAAGUAGUAAAAAUAAUUAUCAAAAAAAAAAAAAAGAGAAGAAAA